UCACAUUUCAGAAUAUUCUGGUUGAAAUGACGAGAAGGAAGAUAGCAAUAAAGAAGAUCGAGAACGUAGCUGCGAGGCAGGUGGCUUUCUCAAAGAGAAGGAAAGGUCUAUUCAAGAAGGCUAUGGAGCUGUCAACUCUCUGUGAUGCUGAGAUUGCUCUCUUAGUAUUUUCAGCUUCGGGCAAACUCUUUGAUUAUGCCAGUACAAGCACGAGGCAAGUAAUUGAAAGGAGAAACCUAUACUCAGAUGUGAACCUUGUGAAGUCAUACCAGCCACCUCAAGAGCUACAGGUUGAAGGUGAAUAUUUUAAGCUAAACAAGGAAGUAAAAGAGAAGACUCUUGAAAUAAGGCAAUUGAAUGGGGAAGAACUUCAAGAAUGCACACUUGAAGAAUUGCAGAAACCAGAGGAAAGACUUCAAAGAGGCUUGUCCCGCGUUUCAAAAACAAAGGAUGAAAGAUUCAUGAAACCCAUCAACGCACUAAAGAGAAAGAGACUUGCAUGUGAACGAGGCCAGUCUUCUGACUCCAUUGUCAUUUGCAGUUCAUCUGACAAUCCUCCUCAAGACGCUGAUAGUUCUGAUGCAUCUCUCAGGCUGGGGCAAUUAACUAGAUUAUCUAGCUACUGA